UAUGGUUUGGGGAUAGGAUAUGAGCAGCGCGGUGAAAAUGUAUGUGGUAAAGCGGCCGAAAAACGGAAGCAGCUGCAGGAAUAAAUAAUCUGAUUUAGACUCAGCUUUUUUGCAGAUUUAUAAGAUGUUUGUUUUUCUUUAAGCUAACAAAAGUAACGUUGAAUAUCUCCCCAAUUAACUUAAUGAAAGAGCAUGAAAGUAUACAGAAAUACAAAUUAGUCUGGCUCCAAACCGGCGAUAGAGGGCAGCAAACCUAGUCCAAAAUGGCACCUUUUGACAGAUUACGCUGCUGAUAAAAAUCAUGGAGGAAGGGUAAAAAUCUAUUUUUAUCACUUGUUGCAACAAAAACAGGAGAUGAUUCCCUUCUAUUUUUAACGGUUGUGAAUCACAGCUUCUAGUUGUGAAGGGGUCAUGGCUAUGAGGGUGUAGAAACUUACUUUGACAACGUGAUAAAGGGAGGUGAAAUUCAAGGAUGGAGGAGUUUUUAUUGCACCACAUUCACGAUGAAGCAUCACCGAGUCCUGACGUAGAGGGAGGUUUAGAGGAGGACAUAUUUUCCGACGUGCUCCAAGAACUGACUCUCGGGUUUUGUUUCGAGAUUCACCGCUCCUGUAAGAUGGGACAGCUGUUCCUCGAUGAGACUGAUGAGCCAAGCCUGAAAUUUUACGAAAUUGUAAACGAGCCCGGAAGAGAUGUGUUUGGCAAACCGCCGCUCAAGAAACAGAUAGACUGCAUCUGCCCAAACUGCAACCGCAAUCUCUCAGCAUCGCGUUUUGCACCCCACUUGGAGAAAUGCAUGGGCAUGGGGAGAAAUAGCAGCAGGCUGGCAAGCAAACGAAUUGCCAAUUCUGGCAUGGGAAAAAUGGACAGUGACAACGAAGAUGACGACCGCGAUCUGGACUGGUCGUUUGCUUUUGACAAGAAAGCCCCCAAGAAAUCCAGGAAGGACAAGGUCAACAGCAACUCACCGAGGAGGUCAAAGCCGAAGUGUGCAACUAAAAUCGGAGACUUCCCUUGUGUGAGCCACGUCAGUAGUUUACCCUCGGAGCCAGUGGUGGGUUCCGUGACAAGCUACCCCUCAAAGGGCCUCUCCUCCACCUCAUACGAGGGGCUGUCCCUGGAGGAGCGAAAGCGCCUGCUGAUGUCCACCUGCGGGGUCAUCUCGGAGCACACCCGGAAGAUGUGCACUAAGUCUCUGCGUUGUCCCCAGCACACGGAUGAGCAGAGGCGGAUUGUCAGACGCUACCUGCUCCGCAUUGACCCAGAAGGGAGGCUGCGGAUGAGGCCGGACGGGAGCUUCGAGUCCGACGACAUCCACGUGGACAUUGACGGCUACGAGGACGGCGACGGCCAGGCACUGCGAGAAACGCUGAACAGAAUACAGCAGUGGGAGGGGAACACUUCCUCUGCAAACCCCUCUCCGGCGGAUUCCACCUCAACGACAAACUCGCAAGAGAAGCGGCGCAAGAAAGGUGGUAUAAAACUCACGCAACGCAAAAAAAGCAAAGUAAAGGCUUCGGCGUUAAAUGUAAUGUCUGUACCAGCACAGCCAUCUUUUCUGGCAGACACAGAGUUCCAUAUCCUUGACUAACUCAGUACAAGGGUUGCUUCAAGUUUGCUUUUGAAUGCCAAAGGGGUCCUUUAAGCUUGCAAGGAAAAAACUUAAUUGUCAAGUUUGCCAAGACCAGAAGAACCUUUUAGGUUCACUGUGUAUUUUUCUUUGUGGGGGGGGGUCAAUUCUUAAGUUCUUUCACGCAAAUUGUCCAAAAUGUUGAAGGAUAUCGGUACUCUUAAUUGGUGCUUUUAAAACUUGUUUUUUUACCUUAACUGAUGCAGUUCAAUAAUCACUAUAUUGUCAGUAUAUAAUUGGAAAGCUCGCAAGGAAAUAAAUUCACAAGUUUGCAUUGGUGGGGCUCAAACCCAUGUCCUGCUCCUUACAAAUACAUGUGUAGCAUCUUAACCACUCAACCACCAAGUUUUCUGGCCUGCCUUGCUGGUUCUAGAGGCCGUUCCAGGCGACAGCACAAAUUGGUCACACUGUAACAGACCUUAUGAAUCUGGAAUUCAUUUCCAAGGAUUUUCUCAAAAAGUCGAAGUGCAAAUAAUACUUAUAUCAUUACCAUUUUAUCCCACUUUCAUUUUCUGAGUUACCAGCAAUAGUGGCAGUCGUAAGCCUGAGCCAUCGAUUUCAAUUGCUCUACAUCCUUCGUUUGGCUAGCUCCUUCUCAAGGGUUAUGUGACCUGCCGUGGCUGUAUGGCCCCGAUGGGCGAUGCGCAGCUGUAGGAACAGACAUCGUGCUAUAGGUUUGUCUUGUUGGGGUUACUACUGUUGGGCUUUCCUCAGAAGAUGGUGUAGGCAGCACCAUCUCUGCACUGUCUCGGUUGUAAUGAGGUCAGUAACAGCGUGACCAGUGUUUUGCCAGGAAAUGCUACUGCGCCAGUAACACACCCGCAGUCGAUUUCAUGAAAUCUGGCAGAACUCCUCACCAGGAGUAAGCCAAAUGCCACAAACUUGUAGCUUACAUGUAGCCGUGCAAUAUACUUAUGGUUGAUGAGGAGCAUUUAUGACAACUGUCCUUUUACAGCAAUUCUUAAACACUCAUUAAAUUAGCUCCAUCUGCCAUUUUGAAAACGUUUUCAUCUCUUUUUCAUCGGAACCGGGCAGAAAAUCUCAAAGUUCUCUCACGGCCAAACAAGUUUUUCAUAACCUCCAAAAAACAAACUUGUACAGUUUAUCAUAUGCACCAAACAAGAUUAGUUGUAAAAUUGUUCAUUUCCUAUUUGUUCAGCACAACUUACGCCACCUAAAAUUAUUGCUAAAGUUCCGCCAUAAUCUGUUUACGUCAAGUCAUGGGCUUGCGCAAUGCGCAACUUCCAUUGAAUGUGUCCUACUUUGUUGUGCAACUUAAAGUGUAAAAUAUGGCGUAACUGAAGUGAUGCCAUUACAUAAAGUUCCUGAAAUCGGCUGCUUGCACUGCAGUGCAGAGAGCGGUGAUGGAACUUUGCACAGUGAAUAGAUACAAAAUUAAAUAUUGGAAAUUUGAAUAAUUUUCAAUGUUAACCCUAACAGUCCUCAAUCCUUCACCUGUUGGAGGACUGAGGACUCUUAUGGUUAAUAUUUUAUAUUUCAACUUCCCUCGAGCAACAUUUCACCAACAGUUCUUAAUUCUGUACUUAAGGCAUACUUUGCUCAACGCAUCUUUUCAUUUACAUGUACUGUGGUGUUUAGACUGUACGUCAGUUGAUAACAAAGGAAUCCAGUUUUCUCUGAAUGACUGGGGAUUUUUCAAAAGUAUUUCAUGACAGUUGUUUUAAUCAAGUAGAAGCGACUAUGUCAAGAAACACUGUCUUGCAUUCUAACAUUCAAAACAUAUGUAAUGGAUGUACGUUGACAGUUGUGCAUAAUUUCCCUUUUGUCCUGUACGAAGGCAGCAAAUAAUUAUAUCAGUAUUAAAAAUGGCUCGUUGUUGGUUACAGAGGGUGGUCAAUAUCUAAUUGAUAUCAAUUGCUCUGUUUCCCUCCUUGCUGCAUGCACUAAAUUUUAAACCAUAGAUGUGUCUGAUGAUAAAUAUUUAAUGCACUCACUGGGCUCAAGACCACCAGUCAGUACUUUACAGAUGUUUGCUGCCCUCUGUUGAGUGGCAAUUUAUAAGAUGUGAAAUGAUAAGUGUAUGUUUUUUAAGACCUCUCGGUUCCUACACGAGAUGCAGACAUUUUUGGACGUGAUGUAACCCUUGGAAUGCUUUGCCGAUCUCAUCAUAUGUGUAAAGACAAAGACUUAACCUUCCUAACUACAGUAUUUAUAGCAAGACUACAAAGUUGUCCUGACAGAAGCAUCUUAACCACUCAGCCACCAAGUUUUCUGGCCCACCUUGCGGGUUCUGGAGGCCAUUCCGAGCAAAAGUGAAAAUUGGUCUCACUGUAACAGACCUCAUGACUUUGGAAUCCAUCCUUGAAAUAGUUGUUCGCAGUAGCCGCUGCUACAUCUGAUUCGAACCAGCCAGCCGACACCGGCAAGC